GUUUUUCUAUGUCAGAUACAUCAGACUCAGUCAAUACAACGACCAUCACAGAUAGCACUGAAGAUCAUCAUGCAUUUGGAAGGUCUCAUUGAAGAUAUCGGAGGAUUUGGUCUUUACCAAAAAAUCUUAAUUCCGACAUUGGCCUGUUCAAAGAUAAUAAUUGUUCAGACGAUGUUGAUGAUGGCAUUUGCUGGUGUGGAGCCUGCAUGGUGGUGUACAUCUGGUGACACUGAACUCAGCCAGUGGAACACGAGUCAACUGAACGGAAGCUAUCAAAAUUGCUUAUGGAACGGAACAUGUGAGAGGAAGUUCAGUGAUGUCAUGGAGACGGCAGUCACAGAGUGGAAUUUGGUCUGUGAAAUGAGUUGGGUCAGCAAUGCCAUAAUAUCUGUCCAAAUGGCCGGUUUGCUUGUGGGUGCAAUAAUCGCUGGCUACUGUGCAGACAAAUACGGACGGAAGAAGGUCUUCUAUGGUGGAUUAUUUGUGACCUGCAUUGGAAACAUCGUAUCAGCCUUUUCCGUUUCCUGGAUCAUGUUUACAUUCGUGAGAGCAUUUCUUGGCGUGGGAUGUGGUCUUCUCUUGGCAACUGUAUACCUGUACCAGAUAGAAUUUGUUGGAACCAAAUGGCGGGCCUUUGUUGCAGCACUGCCUGACUGGCCUCUAGGGAUGUUGAUAUUGAGUAUCUUAGCUAAAUGGCUCCACAACUGGAAAUGGAUCCAUCUCGCAGUGGCAGCUUUGACAAUCCCAUACCUCUGUACAUGGUUCUUUGUACCAGAAUCGCUUCGUUGGCUUACUGUGAAAGGACGUCUGGAGGAGGCGAAAAGUGUCAUCAACAAGAUGGCGGCCUACAACAAGAAGCCAGUUCCGGACACGUCCAUCCUGGAGCUGAUAGCUGAGGAGGAGAAGGCGGAGGGGAAACAAACCAGGAACUACUCUUAUCUGGAUCUACUGAGGACAAAGAAACUCUUCAAGAAAACAUUUUAUUCAUGUUUUAUCUGGUUUGGAUGCGCUGUAGUAUACUAUGGUAUAGCCUUCGGCCUGAAGAAUCUGUCUGGUGACUUCUACAUGAACCUGACAUUAAUGGCUCUCACAGAGUUGCCUAUAACUCCUUGCAUGAUCUUCAUCACCUCUUUUUUCGGACGGCGAGUUGGGGCUGCGUUACCAUUCUUCUUGGCGGCUGCAUUGUGCUUUGGACUGGCAAUAUCAACACGGUUAGCACCUGCUGAUGAAAGAGGAAAUUACAUCAACGCAUGCGCAAUAGCAGCCAAAUUUACAAUCUCGUCUGGGUGGCUAGUUUCUAUGACUUUGUGCGCAGAACAGUUCCCUACAGUUAUCAGAAACCUGUCGUCUGCUGCUCAGAGUGCCGCUGCAAGAAUCGGUGGUAUAUUCGCAGGUCAGGUUCUGUCUCUGGGUGGAACUAAGGACCUUAUGGUGCCAUUCGUUGCUCUGGGAAUUCUGGCGGUUCUCACUGUGCUUGCUACCAUUGGACUCGAAGAGACCAGGGGGAAAGCACUGGAAGACACGAUGAUCUCCACUUCCAAAUCUGCUCGAAAUGGAUGUGUACACACAUCGGGCGACCAGGGGACGCCCCUCGUGUCAAGCAGCUCGGGCUCAUUUAACAACAGGAAAGAUGAAGUUGACGAACAAAUUGUGAAGAACUGAUAAAGUUGUAGAUUGUUUCACGGCUGUGACAUCAGAAGAUAUUUAUGGUUACCAUGGAUCUGUUAUAGCUAAACCUGGACUGAUAGACAAAGAUAUAAACUGAAGUAUACAAAGUAAGUCAUUCAUAACAAGAAAAGGUCUUGAUCAUUUUCCAUUUUCCUUUGUCCACGAGUAACCACGAUUAAGUGUAGGCAACACAUGUAACUUAACUGAUAUUCCUGCUGGACUACAUAACUGAGAUGAUUGUUGUAGUAAUUAAUUGAUUAAAUCGUUUCUGUUCACGGAACUGUUAUAAUUAAAAAGCUGUCGUUCCUCUA